AUGAGGUCUCGGACUGGCUGCUUGACUUGCCGUCAAAGGAAGCUCAAGUGUGAUGAGCAAAAACCCAUCUGCGGUCAAUGUACCAAAGCAAACCGCCAAUGCCAACCAAGUUCCGGUCUUACCUUUCGUCACCAACACAAUGCUUCCAUGAAUGCAAACGAGGACGGUUCCUGGUCAGAGCGCAACCCUCCCCUCAGUGGAUUCUAUGCCUACAAAAACACCUUCAAUGACAAAACCGUGUGGGUGGAUAUUCCGAAGCAACUCACUUUCUACAAUACAUCCAACCCUUACACAGACCCUGGGACGCCAGACCUCGAAGCAAUGAUGUCUACACAAAUCCAACUGCCAUAUGCUCAGCAACAACAGGAUCAAUGGAACAUUGACCAUCAAUUACCAGAUCAGGCUGCCCAAAUCCAUCCCCACGGCCUUGAGGCCCUGUCCGCCGCUGCGUUGUAUGCUCCUCCCGAAGCAAAUAUGAUACCUUAUCCGAUAUCAAUGAACAGACGUCAUUUCGACAGUCCUUUCGAGUCGACCUCUCCUAAUGACGAACACGGCCCUCCUGCUAUCCCUUCCCCAAACACUGUUUCCUCAAGCAACAAACUCAACUUCCUCUUGAAUCCUCCAAAUGCCCUGGAAUCGCCAAUAGAUCCUAGUUUGAUGUCGACUCCAGCCAUUAGAGUUCCUCCACAUUCAAGCGGAACAGCUACGGAGAACGCACAGAAACCACGAGCAGAAGGCGAGGCUGAAUCGGAGCAUAAGGUCGCCUACCUACUCAGGCAUUUCUCCGAGUCACCGGGUAAAUGGUGUGUAAACUAA